ACCCAUGGAGUGCACUUAUAAUCUACGUCCUAGUAUUGUGCGUCAGUUGGAGCUGCUAAUCUAAACAAAACGAAGCUAUAAGAUGCAACAAGAAUUAACGAUGUCUAAACAACUUGUUCACUGUAUUUGGGUGCGUGCAACUUGUCAGCUUCAGUCAUACAACAGCGGACGCCUUGGGAAGACCGUCACAGGAAUACAAGCACUACGUGGAUGUGUAGCAUUGAUUCCCCUGGCACUGGAAGACGCUUGCCGUUACAAUGGCGACCAAUUUUACACUGAUGAACCUCACUUCUUUGAACAGCACCGAAGAGAGUCAUCCAUUUGACGACAACAUUAGCUUCGAGACAUAUGAAGCAAUAAGAAUAGUGGUCCCCAUCUUAAUACUGGGGUUGCUAGGGAACGGAUUUGUUUGUUUUGCGUUUUACCAUUAUCCAUCAGUGCGCUCCCUUACAAAUUACGUGAUUGUGAAUUUGGCAUUUGCUGAUUUGUUGUUGGUGACGGUUUUGAUGUUAUGGCUGAUACUGUUCGUGAUCAAGGAGUCGAGCGGACAUGCGUACAACAUGCUUGUUUCCAUUGACGUCCUGUGCACAUCUUUAUCCAUGCUAAACUUAGCACUGGUUGGUAUUGAUAGGUACAUUGCCGUGGUCUACGCAUUACGGUAUCCCACCAUCGUUACCAAAAAGCGGGUCAAGAGGUGCCUGGUUCUUAUUUGGACCUUUUCCCUUGUGGUGGCAACCAUAGCAUUUUCCCGCCAAUUUGUGGAUGACAAACCAAGUCGCUUGCUGUUCAACGCGGCGUUCAUGACCGUCUGGGCUUUAGUUAUCUUUGUCGUUCCAAUGUGUGUCAUUUUCUUUUCUUAUGCAAAGGUUUUCAUCGCAGCUUGGAAACAAAUCGAGUGGACAGAAAAGCACACCAACCAAGAAAACCAUCAUAAGAAACGAGAAGUCAUCAAAAAAGAAAUCCGCUUGUCGCUGAAUCUCCUAAUCAUCGUCAUUCCCUUCUGCACUAUGUGGGGAAUUUAUUUCGGUAUUACUUUGUACGAGGCGUUUUGUACUGAAAUUGCCAUCGAUGCCAGCGCAAAGGUUCUUUUUGUCAUUGGUAUUCUACCGCACAUUGUUGCUUCAGUUAAUCCUAUUAUCUACAUUUUCCUGACUAAGGAUAUGCGGAAAGCUUUGAAGAAAUUCAUAACAGCUCCAAUGAGAAGGCUUUCCAUGAGGAAGGUUGGAAUGACUAAAACAACUACGUUGCAGAACAUCUUUGAAUACCUCGGUGGCAACAUCACCGCAAGAAGCUCCAAGUCUGAAAACCCAAGCAACAAGAAUGCACCAUCCAGCGCUGACAAUAAGGCAAGUGCAAGCAACUUGGACAUUCUUGAUGGAAAAAUCCAGAAUGAUGAUAAAGUUCCUACUCGACUUUAGGCCAACCAAGAGACCGAGAUGAGGUAUCUUGAAUAUACCAAAUUCAAAAUCUUUGCCAGGUUACUUAAAAAGGGUUAAAUCAUAUAACCUAAAACCGAAAGGUGCUCUGGGUAAAAAGUUACAUGAGUUCAUAUUCUGCGAAUUGCAGUUUUGCAGCUCUCGAACAUUCAUUUAAGAUUUUUCAUUCUUGGUGCAUGUGUCAAGUAUGCAAACACUCUCCAAAAUCACAGGGUAUCGACUACCCAGAAUACCCCUCGGCCUUAGCCUAAUGACUUGACCUUUUGUACCUAACAACGAGCUUUGAAUUUGGCGUAAAUGUGCAUGUAAAAGACUUAAUGAUUUCACACUGAUUCUCAACAAAACCUAGGGAUAAAGUGCACGUUAAGGUGCUGAUACACGGCGCAACAUUGCACACAACAUUGCAAGCAACAAAUUUGAAUCAGGGUGACACACACUGCAACAAAAUCACGCAACAUCGCUUAAGUCAGCCUGAUAUGUUAAGAUAUGUGUUUAUGAAUUUUGUUUAAGCUGAUUGGCUGGAAAUUUCAAGAUGUUGCAGGUAAUGUUGCAGCCAUGUUCAUAUGAUGAAAUUUGUUGCGCGAAAUGUUGCAAGAGAAGAGCGCCAUUUAUUUUCAGAUUUUUUGCAUGCAACAAGUUUGGGGUAGACAUGCACGCGCUGCAACAGUCCGGUUUCGUACAAUGUUACAUGCAAUGUUGCACUGUGUGUCAGCACCUUUACUCAAAGUGUUUUUAUGACAUUGUCGGUAAAAACUUAAACGACAAGGGCAAGUUCUCCUUUAUCUGGGUUAAUUCACCUUGAUAUAUUAAAUGUGCAGGGUACAGUGAGUACUAAAUACUCUACGUGUAUUAGAUACACUGUGCACACCAGGUGUGUUAGAUGCACAGCAUAUAUUUGUAGUAUAUGAUGCACAGUGUAUUUCAUAUAUUAGAUGUGCAGGGUACAGUGAGUAUUAAAUACCCUGUGCCCUCUACAUGUAUUAGAUACACUGCGCACACCAGGUGUGUUAGAUGCACAGGGUAUAUUGUUAGUAUAUGAUGUACAGUGUAUUUGAUAUGUUAGAUGCGCAGGGUACAGUGAGUAUUAAAUACCCUGUGCACUCUACAUGUAUUAGAAACACUGCGCACACCAGGUGUGUUAGAUGCACAGGGUAUAUUGUUAGUAUAUGAUGCACAGUGUAUUUGAUAUGUUAGAUGUGCAGGGUACAGUGAGUGUUGAAUACCCUGUGCACUCUACAUGUGUUAGAUACACUGCGCACACCAGGUGUGUUAGAUGUACAGGUUAUAUUGUUAGUAUAUGAUGCACAGUGUAUUUGACAUGUUAGAAGAGCAUGGUACAGUGAGUAUUGAAUACCCUGUGCACUCUACAUGUAUUAGAUACACUGCGCACACCAGGUGUGUUAGAUGCAAAGGGUAUAUUGUUAGUAUAUGAUGUACAGUGUAUUUGAUAUGUUAGAUGGGCAGGGUACAGUAAGUAUUAAAUACCCUGUGCACUCUACGUGUAUUAGAUACACUGCGCACACCAGGUGUGUUAGAUACACAGGGUAUAUUGUUAGUAUCUGAUAGUGUAUUUCAUAUAUUAGAUGUGCAGGGUACAGUGAGUAUUAAGUACCCCGUGCAAUCUACGUGUAUUAGAUACACUGCGCACACCAGGUGUGUUAGAUACACAGGGUAUAUUGUUAGUAUAUGAUGCACAGUGUAUUUGAUAUGUUAGAUGCGCAGGUUACAGCGAGUUUUAAAUAUCCCGUGUACAGUAAGCAUAAGAUACCCUAAUGCAUAUAUAGAUUCACAAUAUAUCCAUAUGUUUUUUUGAUAGUUGAACAGCUCACGUCGCUCGUAUCAGAUAUAAUUAGAGUACGUGUACCCUUAAUGCGCAGAAUGUUUUCUGUAUGAUAGUUUUGGUGUCCUUUUACUUGUUUGRGAUUGCGCACAUCAAAAGCAGUUUGAGAUUGCAACAUUCUGUAAGCCAAAGACAGCGCGCGAUAGUACUGCUCGGUCACGACACGGUCACGGUAUGACAUGUACGUACAUGAUUUGCUCUAGAUACAUCGUGUGCACUGUCCAUAGAUAUAUUGUGCCCAAUGUGUGUAUUAGAUUUAUCCUGUACUGUGCAUGAUGUGAUCUAGAUACAUCGUGUAAACUGUCCAUAGAUAUAUUGUGCCCAAUGCGUGUAUUAGAUUUAUCCUGUAGCGUGCAUGAUGUGAUCUAGAUACAUCGUGUGCACUG